ACCCGGGCCGACUCCGCCGGGGCGGGCGAGCGUGGCGCGUGACGGAGGUGGGGACUGUGAGGCCGCGGCCGGGAGCCCGGCGUCCCCGCCCCCGAGCCUGACGGGCGGCCGGGCGGGAUGAGGCGCUGGCGCGGGGGGCGCCCGGCCGAGCCUCCGCGGCUGCCUUGGGCGGCCAGGCGUUAGGCUUGCGGCGUGAGCGGUGCUCGGAGGCGAAGACGAGGAGGACGAGGAGGCCGAGGAGGAAAGGGCGGCGGGCCCGGUGCCCGCGGAGGGCAGACACGGAGCGGCGAUCCGGGCGCAGCGAGGCCGCAGCGGCGCGGCGGGGCCGCGGGGCUCGGAAGAUGAAGUCCUCAGCACAUUCUGAAGAGGACGAUUUCGUUCCCGAACUGCACAGAAACGUGCACCCUCGAGAGCGGCCUGACUGGGAGGAAACACUCAGUGCAAUGGCAAGAGGAGCAGACGUUCCUGAAAUUCCCGGAGACCUUAGUCUUAAGAGUUGUGGCAGCACAGCUAGUAUGAAGGUCAAACAUGUGAAAAAGUUACCCUUCACUAAAGGUCACUUUCCGAAGAUGGCUGAGUGUGCGCAUUUCCACUAUGAGAACGUCGAGUUUGGCAGCAUACAGCUUUCGCUUUCAGAAGAACAGAAUGACAUAACGAAAAAUGGCUGUGAAUCUAAAGAGCUGGUCUACCUCGUGCACAUUGCGUGUCAGGGCAAAAGCUGGAUCGUUAAAAGAAGCUACGAAGACUUCCGAGUGCUGGACAAACACCUUCACCUGUGCAUUUAUGACCGACGGUUCUCCCAGCUCUCGGAGCUCCCCCGUUCGGACGCCCUGAAGGGCAGCCCAGAGUCAGUCACUCAGAUGCUCGCCGCCUACCUGUCCCGCCUCUCAGCCAUCGCGGGCAACAAGAUCAACUGCGGCCCUGCCCUGACGUGGAUGGAGAUUGAUAAUAAGGGGAAUCACCUUCUAGUACAUGAAGAAUCAUCCAUUAACACUCCUGCCGUUGGCGCCGCCCACGUCAUCAAGAGGUACACUGCCCGGGCCCCUGACGAGCUGACCUUGGAGGUGGGCGACAUUGUUUCUGUUAUUGACAUGCCCCCCAAAGUGUUAAGCACAUGGUGGAGAGGCAAGCACGGAUUUCAGGUGGGGCUCUUCCCUGGACACUGUGUUGAGUUAAUUAAUCAGAAAGUUCCCCAAUCAGUGACCAACUCAGUGCCAAAACCAGUGUCUAAAAAGCACGGCAAGCUCAUCACUUUCUUACGCACAUUCAUGAAGUCUCGUCCGACAAAACAGAAGCUGAAGCAGCGGGGGAUCCUGAAAGAGAGGGUGUUUGGUUGUGACCUGGGGGAACACCUUCUGAAUUCUGGUUUUGAAGUACCCCAGGUCCUUCAGAGCUGCACGGCGUUCAUCGAGAGAUAUGGCAUCGUGGACGGGAUCUAUCGUCUCUCGGGCGUCGCCUCCAACAUCCAGAGGCUGCGCCAUGAAUUUGACUCUGAACAUGUCCCCGACCUGACAAAAGAACCGUACGUCCAGGACAUCCACUCGGUGGGCUCCCUCUGUAAGCUCUAUUUUCGCGAGCUCCCGAACCCUCUGCUCACCUACCAGCUGUACGAGAAAUUUUCAGAUGCUGUUUCAGCAGCAACGGAUGAAGAAAGGCUGAUAAAAAUUCACGAUGUCAUCCAGCAACUCCCGCCUCCACACUACAGAACACUGGAGUUCCUGAUGAGACACUUGUCACUUCUAGCUGACUACUGUUCCAUCACAAAUAUGCAUGCAAAAAACCUAGCGAUUGUUUGGGCUCCCAACCUGCUCAGAUCAAAGCAGAUUGAGUCUGCCUGCUUCAGCGGCACCGCAGCUUUCAUGGAAGUGAGGAUUCAGUCUGUGGUGGUCGAGUUCAUCCUCAAUCACGUCGAUGUCCUCUUCAGUGGGAAAAUCAGCGCGGCCAUUCAGGAGGGGGCAGCUUCUCUGUCAAGACCCAAGUCCCUGCUGGUUUCCUCGCCGUCUACCAAGCUGCUGACGUUGGAGGAAGCCCAGGCAAGAACACAGGCUCAGGUCAAUUCUCCCAUUGUUACUGAAAAUAAAUACAUUGAAGUAGGAGAAGGGCCUGCUGCGCUUCAGGGGAAAUUUCACACCAUCAUUGAGUUCCCACUUGAAAGGAGGAGGCCCCAAAAUAAAAUGAAAAAGUCUCCUGUGGGCAGCUGGCGUUCCUUCUUCAACCUGGGGAAAUCGUCAUCUGUUUCUAAACGGAAGUUGCAGCGUAAUGAGAGCGAGCCUUCCGAGAUGAAAGCGAUGGCCCUGAAAGGUGGCAGGGCAGAAGGAACCCUCCGUUCAGCUAAAAGUGAAGAGUCUCUUACUUCUCUGCAUGCAGGCGAUGGUGAUUCCAAGCUGUUCCGACCCAGAAGGCCCAGAUCCAGCAGUGAUGCGCUGAGUGCCUCCUUCAAUGGAGAGAUGCUGGGGAACCGCUGCAAUUCCUAUGACAACCUGCCCCACGACAACGGAAGUGAGGAGGACGUGGGGCUGCUUCACAUCCCAGCCCUGGUGUCUCCGCAUGCAGCCGAGGACGUUGACUUGAGCCCACCGGACAUCGGCGUGGCCAGCCUGGAUUUUGACCCGAUGUCAUUCCAGUGCAGUCCACCGAAGGCCGAAUCCGAAUGUCUGGAGAGCGGCGCUUCCUUUUUGGAUUGCGUGGGGUACUCCAAGGAGAAACCGAGUACGAAUAGAAAGGAUACGGAAGCAGGUGGCAGCCAGUCUCAGACUCCAGGGAGCACUGCAAGUUCUGAACCUGUGUCUCCUCUCCAGGAGAAACUGAGCCCAUUCUUCACCCUGGACUUGAGCCCAAGUGAAGAGAAAUCGUCGAAGCCAUCCUCAUUCACCGAAAAGGUUGUCUAUGCUUUCUCUCCAAAUAUUGGACGGAAGUUAAGCAAGUCUCCUUCCAUGAACAUCUCUGAGCCCAUCUCAGUGACUCUCCCCACUCGGGUGUCAGAAGCAAUUGGCAUGGCCUCCGUUACUGCAGCCCCGACUGUGUCCUCUCCAACCUGGAGCACAAGUGUGGAUGCAGGUGCUGCCACAAGUAGACCCCCUGCCCAGGUAGGAGAGACGAAGACAAGUGAAAGAGAGGCCCAAGAGGGGCGCGAGUCCGAAGUCCGGUCCCCGGAGCAGGUGGCUGCUGCCAGAACAGAAUCGCCGGAAGAGGAGGAGCAGCCCGCCCCCGGUGGUCAGAGUAAGGCUGUGCCUUGUGGACAGGCUCAGACAGGAGCAGUUCCCCAUGACCCCCCACAGGAGUCCAUUCCUGUCAGUUCAGUCUCUCUUAUCCCGCCGCCGCCGCCUCCGAAAAAUGUCGCCCGCCUGCUGGCGCUGGCGUUAGCGGAGUCUGCACAACAAGCCUCCACCCAGCCCUCGAAGAGACCAGGGGCUUCCCAGGCUGCUCCCACAGACCAUGGAGACCUAGCGGUCGCUGCCACAGAGGACAGACUACCUGGUUCCCACUCUCAUGUUCUUCUCGACAAAGCCUGCUUCCCAACCGACAGGCCUACAGAGCAGUUCGUCCUCCAGAACAGUGCACCUGGGACCUGGGAGCAGCUUGUACCAGACACCGCAGCUGUCCGGGAUCGCACCCAUCCCAGUGCGGCGGAACUUGGGGAGCAGCUCCACCAGGCAGACUUCCAGGCCCAUCGCCCCUAUUUACCUGGGGACCCAGAAAAGGCCAGAAUCACAGCAGUUCCCCUAACGGAGUCUAAGUGUGACGAUCACGUCAUUUUCCCUGAAGACCAGGCUGGGAAGACCACUGUGCUAACUGUCUCCUUUGCGGAUCAGGACCAACCUCAAGUUCAUUUCUACAGUGGAGAUCAGCCUCCUUCUUAUCUUGGUGCAAGUGUGGAAAAGCCCCAUCACCCCUCACAACUUGCAGACAAGUCUUCCACACCUUCUAGUUUGCCUAGGGACAAAAUCUAUAUUCCCUCUGGGUCCCCUGAAGAGAAUACCAGCACAGCCACCCUGGCUUACAUGACAGUGGCUCCAGCAACAGCUGACAUCAGCACCAGGGAAGUCCACUGGGAUGUGGCUGAACAGCCCAGUGCAACGGACUUUGCUGCUGCCACCCUCCAGCGUCCUCACAGAACCAGCCGUCCCCUCCCCCCGCCUCCUUCCCAAAGAGCAGCAGAGCAGUUACCAGCUGUGGCGCAGGUACAAGCAGCCACCAGCGUAGGACCAAAUAAUUCGCACAAGGUUCAAGGAGUAAUUCCAGUUCCAGAGAGGCCACCCGAACCCAGAGCAAUGGAGGACUCUGCUCCCGUCCUUGUCGGUGAUGGCAGCACAGCUGCUCCGUGUCCUGUCCCUGCUCCCGCUCUCCAGCCAGGCCUGCCUGAAAAGGUGUGGGAAGGUUCCAGGGCCCCGCCACUGCACCUGCGCACUGAGUCUCUCCCUGUGCACGUCCCCUGCAGCUUCACUGCCCCAGUUCCCCCCACCAGGACAAUGGAGAGUAAGGUUGCUGCUGCCAUUCACUCCAACAGUGCAGAUACGACCGGCAGUUCCAGUUACCAUCCCUUUGUCACUGGUCCCUCAGCCUCUGUGGAGGAUGUUUUGUCUUUGCCACUUCCUGUCCCACAGCCUAAGCAUGCUUCUCAGAAAACUCCCUACUCCAGCUUUGCCAGGCCUGAUGCCACCACUGAACCCUUCAGUCCAGAAAACUGUUUGCAUUUCAGUAUGACUCCAAACUGCCAGUACCGUCCCCAGAGUGUGCCUCCGCAUCACAAUAAAGUGGAGCCACACCUAGUGUAUGGGUCCAGAUCGGAGCCACCAGCCUCCAUGGGCCCUCGUUAUAACACAUACGUGGCCCCAGGGAGAAGUGCAUCUGGACACCACUCUAAGCCAUGCACCCGGGUCGAGUAUGUGUCUUCAUUGAGCUCGUCUGUUAGGAGUGGUUGUUACCCUGAAGAUAUUCCCCCGUACCCUACCAUCCGGAGGGUGCAGUCUCUCCAUGCCGCCCCAUCUACCAUGAUUCGUUCGGUUCCCAUCUCACGGACGGAAGUGCCCCCAGAUGACGAACCAGCCUAUUGCUCCAGACCCCUAUACCAAUAUAAGCCAUAUCAGUCCUCCCAGGCCCGCUCGGAUUACCACGUGACUCAGCUCCAGCCUUACUUUGAGAACGGUCGGGUCCACUACCGGUAUAGCCCCUACUCCAGUUCUUCCAGCUCCUACUACGGCCCCGAAGGGGCACUGUGCGACGUGGACGCCUACGGCACGGUGCAGCUGAGGCCCCUGCACCGCCUGCCCGGCCGCGAGUUUGCCUUCUACAACCCUCGGCUGCAGGGGAAGAACGUGUACAGCUUCGCAGGCUUGCCUCCGCGUCCCCGGGCCACCGCGACUGGCUAUUUCUCUGGUAACGACCAAAACGUGGUCAACAUGCCUCCAGGCGCUGACAUAAAGCACACUUACACCUCGUGGGAUUUUGAAGACGUGGAAAAAUACCGCAUGCAGUCCAUCCGGAGAGAGAGCCGGGCUCGGCAGAAGGUGAAAGGGCCCGUCAUGUCCCAGUACGACAACAUGGCCCCGGCCCUGCAGGAUGACAUGGGUGGGAUCUACGUCAUCCACCUGCGCAGUAAAUCCGAUCCUGGGAAAACUGGACUUCUCUCGGUGGCCGAGGGGAAGGAGGGGUGGCCGCCGGCCAAGGCCCUCAGUCCCGAGGGAGGCGAGCGCUUCUAUAGGAAGCACCCGGAAGCAGAGUUCGACAGAGCCCAUCACCACGGAGGACAUGGCAACGGGCAGGCGGAGAGACCGUCCCUCCCGCAGAAGCAGAGCAGUCUCAGGAACAGGAAGCUCCACGACGUGGGCUGCAGUCUCCCCGAGCACAGGGCGCACCAGGAAGCAAGCCAUAGGCAACUGUGUGAGUCCAAAAACGGACCGCCCCACCCACAGGGGGCUGGCCAGGUAGAUCAUGUGUCCAAAGGGAUUCCCGACGCUUCUGAGCCCAUCAGCUACCAUAACUCUGGAGGGAAGUAUAUUGCAGCAGGGCAGGAGUCUCUAAGACUGAACCACAAAGAGGUGAGGCUCUCCAAAGAGCCGGAGAGGCCUCGGGUGAGGCAGCCCCCGGCCUCAGACAAACACUCCAGAGACUGCUACAAGGAGGAGGAGCACCUCGGCCAGGCCACAGCCCCGCCCCCUAAACCGGAGAGGAGUCAUAGCCUGAAGCUGCACCACACCCAGAACAUGGAGAGGGACCCCGGGGUGCUGUUCCAGUACCAAGCACACGGCAAGCGCCAGAGUGGCAUGACCGCCAUGUCGCAGUAUGACAACCUGGAGGGCUACCACUCUCCGCCUCAGCCCCAGCGAGGAGGCUUUGGAGGAGGAGCCAUGGGGGCGUAUUUGUCCGCUGGCUUUCCCCACCCACAGAACAGAACCUACGCCACAGCUUUGGGGCAGGGGGCCUUCCUGCCCACAGAGCUGGCCUUGCAGCACCCUGAAACGCAGGUCCAUGCGGAAUGAGCCCUGAGAGCAAUAGAGUCGAAGCAGCCUCUGCUGGACAGUGGACUGUUCUAUUUUUUCCAGUAACCAAAAAGAUUAAAAAAAAAGAAGAAGAAAGAAAGAAAAAAGCUACAAGUCCCCUGACCACAUUAAAAAAAAUAGUAAGAAAAAUAAAUCACUAUCUGUUUUCCCUUGCUGUUUCAUUACCACCUCUUCAUCUAUAGACUCAUUUUUGUGGUUAAGAGAGAUCUGAAUGAGUGUAAAGCACUGUGUUGAGAACAGUAAAAAAAGGUGUCACAGAGCAUACUUGCCAUGUAGAGUUAAUUUGUAAGAGCCUGAGGACUGCCUUUGCCAGCAUUUGAAUUUGACUUUGUCAUUGUCGCUAUUCACUGUACAGUUCCAAACAGAUGGUGUCCAUUUCCUGGGAGGCGUUUGCAUUUUCUUUUGCAUUUCCUUCUACUUUUUCAGUAGCCACGUCACUCUCCCACACUGACACUUGGUUCUUCUCACGUUAUUGCCUGUCUUUUGUAUUAAAUUAAAACAGAGAAAGACUUCUCCCUGGUCCUUCAGAUAAGUCUAUUGAACAUUCAGCAAAUUGUAGUUAAAAACUAAGGCAUUAAGGCUAAGCAUGUAAUAAAGAGUCAUCAUAAAACGUUAAACUGCUCAGACCCAGGCUGAGCCAUAUUCUUCACGUCCUUAUUUUUGUGGCUGUUCCUCCCCUUCAGUGGGUAGGCUCAGGUCGCUGUGGGGGGGGGAGAGUGCGAAGGAAAGACUCAGCAGGCAAAGUCGGCACACACUGUUCGCACCAGAGAACUAGAGCAAUGCUUUCAAUGGGCUGCCUGCCUCCAGUUAUUUUUUCUCUUAGUAAUUGGUAAACUAUAACCCUACUAAAACAUUUCACACUAUUUGUUUCCCUAAAGCAAUUUUUUUCGUUAAAAAACCCAGCAUGGUUUGACUAGAUAAAUACAUAGUUUAUCACGAUUACAAAUCUACGUGUUAACUUUGGUCUCUAAACCAAACUCCAGGUUUCCUGGGUAUUCUUAAAGUCGCUGCGUACUACCUGCUAGUAAAACUGCAAUAACCGUUCAGUACACAGCCCCCUUGUACCUGUCGGAAUUCGGGCAGUCACCGCUCUUCUGUCCUAAGGAAUUAGUGUGCUGUUUGCUCACGACCUCUCUGAUCACAGUUGACUGUGACUGCCAUCUACACCAGCAUUUCAGGUAUAGUUCUGAUAACUGUAGACGUGGAAAGCAUGCUCAGGACCCAGAACUUCCCUUAGAAAGUUGCAUUCCCAAUGAGAGUUGGCCUAGCCACUUCUAGCCCAGCACGAUUCCAUUUCUCAGCUCCCCCUGGAACGUGUGUGCCCGACUACCUAGCAAGGCAGUCCUGCAUUUUAUACAAGUUUAGGUGGUCAUUUCAUUCCAUGACUUUUAAUAAUACUUGACUUUUAUACAUCCACAUGUUUCCAAUGCUUGGUUUAUAGAAGAUGUUAGGGGAAUCUCAUUCCAUUUACCAGGUGGUCGCUGCUCUGGCUUUUUAAACUUGGAAUUAACUUUUAUUUAGAGCAAAGGAAGAAAUCUUUUAAGAGGCUAAAUUUAUGCUGCUGUUAUUGCUGUGAAUUUGUAUAAAGAUUAGGAGUCAUGCCAGUUUUUUUUUUUAACUUAAACAAAUGUGAUCGCAUUUUAAGGAUUUAUAUUUAGAAAAAGAAAUAAAGUUUUAAGAACACAUUUAUAUGUGAAGGUAGUCUAUAAAGUUUUCUUUUGUUCCCCCAGAAUGGAUUCGAGGGAUUCAAUAAAGAUCAUGGUAGAAGUCCCAGAACACUGUGGAAAUGUAGGCCUCUGCGUUCCAGGUGCACAUUCGGCUGGUGUGUAGUCACAGCGCGAGUGGCUGCUCCCACUGGGUGCUGCUGUGCGCCGGAGUCUGGGCUUCGGCGAGCACACGGCACUGGUUUUACCUGGUUACCGUAACCAUCCUUUUAUCGAGUAGGGCAGCCCCUUGCCGAUUGGGGGUCACACAGCCCCUGUGAGUUCCUACCAGCAGCACCGCCAUUCGAAAGGGCUCAUGUGACAAGGACGUACAGAUGGCUUUAGUAACAGUGUUUUUUCUCAGUAUCAGUACCUUGCAAUCCUAGUGAAACAUUUCACGCCGUUCGUUCUCCUAAGCAGUAUUUUUCUCCCAUGAAAAAGAAAAGGAACUUAAAAGGAUGUGAGGGUCCAGAGGACGUGGCCGAAGAAGGCCUGUCUAACCUUGACAUCCGUGGGUCUGUCGUCACACACACCGACUCCUGAAACUGAAGUCCGUUCUAUAAACACCCAGGUUCAUUCCUCAAAACAAGUACUUGAUCAGUGUCCUAUGGGCCUAGAAAUAUCAGGUAAAUAUUUUGAUUAUAGGAUAAUGACCAGAUAUACUAGUCUGAGUGUGAAACACAAACUUUAGGUAAAAUCUAGAGGUGUUUCACUCCACGUGUGUGGAUACAGCCUUAUCGUGGGGGUUUGUUAUUUGAAGGACUUUGCCUAUAUCUUCCCCUUCCUAAUACUGUAGGUAGAACUUGGAUGGCGAAUCACUGUGAGCCAGGUUACCUCAGCAUAGUUCACAAAUAGAGUAAUGAAAGAUGAUUGCUUUCAAAUUCUGCCAUGGAGCACUAUGGUCCAGCACAUGGAGCUGCCUUAUGCAUUAAACCCAUAAUUCUACUGGUAUUUUCAUAUUCAUGUCUCCAGACUUUUUUCUUUGGCAAAAUUCUGAUGCUACAGUGCGGUGUGAUUGACAUAAACAUUCCCGGAUGUCUGGCCAGAGAUUUUGCUAAUAGCCCCAAGAGGUGCCGUUUCUCGUGACUGCAUUUCGUCUGAGCCUUUUGCUCACCGUAUUCCAUUUCCUUUUCCCACGCAGACCCUGGGUGGUUCCAAGGAUGGGCCUGCACAUUGCACAGUGACAGUGUUUUUAACCGUUAGGUCAGGUUGAAAAAUUCCAGGACUAAUUCUGUACGGAAGAGGGACCAUUGGUGUGAGUGGAGGCGGGGAGCGGGCUCGCACGUUCGAAGCAGCAGUAACACAGGCAACGUAAAUGUGAAAUGUGCCCCUUUAGUCAACGAAGGGACCAGCGAAGCCCCGGUGUCCAUCCCGGCCCUGCCACUGCCCGCCCGGUGUCCUGGCACUGGUUCUGAGCAGUGCGUGAGGGCACGCUAACGAGAGCAGAAGCGCAUGAGAAAAAGCGACUUCCGGAUGGUCGGAGGCAUGUGGUCGCCAGGACUGUGUGUGACGGGAGUGUCGCGAUGGCCUGUUCUGACCCUGCAGGAGCGUGUCCGUGCACGGGCUCUCUCUCCUUUCUGAUUAGUGCUGUUAGUGUGAAAUUUUUACAUGGUUGUGUUGCCGUCUAGAUUCUAAGGUAGCAAAAACCUGAUUUUUCAGCCAUGGCCUGCAUGAGAGAAGCAUCCUCGGAUGUCUUAGACCACACUUCUGAGUUUUAAAUUUUAAUUUAUAGUGUUUUUUUAUGUUCUAAUAUUUUUUGUGAACUCGUGUAAAUUGUUUGCAUAUACACUUGUGUAUUUUUGUAAAUAGUUUUGUGAUUUAUUUCUUGAUUCAUAUGUAAAUAUUUAGAGUCUCAUUUCUUUAAACUUAUUUGAAACUGAGUUGUGGGUUUGGGGUUUUGUUUGUUUUCUUGUUUUGGUUGGGGGGGGGGGUGGAGAAGGGAUUUUGUACUCUGAUAAUCCAGAUGGAGAAUUCUGUGAUUUAAAGCGAAUGUCCCACUGAAAGCAAUU